AGCUUAGUUAAUAUAUGUGAUUGAGGUUCUCUUCAACCAUCUUAGAAUUCUAUUAGAGCAAGACUGGUGGAUUUCCAGCAGAUUAAGUGGCAGCUCUAGUUUUGGGAGUGUGAGAACUAUGUAAAGGAUGCCCAAGUGGCUUUUAGGGACCACAUUUGUUGUUACUGAUCACUUGCCAUGCUAGGGUCAUCCAAGUCUUCCUUCUCUCCCCUCCAGUAGGUGUUCCUGGCAGUUCUGGUUGCAUCAGACGUGACUCUUGUAAGCUUACAGAGCUCUGGUAGUGGGAGUGCCCCAGGGCUGGCGAGAUCCAAAUUUGAGGCUUUGACUUGGAUCUAGAAAUUGCAAUAAAAAGGUUCUUCCUCUGCCUUCGUAAGUGCAAUCAUGCCAAAGAAGAAGGGACGCAAACGAGUGGUGCUGACUGAAGAAGAACAGAUGCUGCUGAUGCAGCAGAAGCAGCUGGCUGAAGAGGAAAUGAAUAAGAAGAAGGAAGACAUGCUGGCCCAGUUCCUAAAGGAGAAGUUGGCCAAGGAGGAGCGCAACAGCACUGUGAACAUUCACAAGAUUAAUCUACAGUGGCGCACCGUGCUCCGUGAAGUCAAGGCCAGGGAGCUGCGCAAAGACAUAGAGAUUCUCAGUCAGACCUUUGAACGUGUGGUGGACUGUAAAGAUAGUGUUGUUAAGUCACUUGCUAAGGACCUUGCUGAAGCAGAAGCUCAAUACACACAUGCUCUGCGCAGCCACUUACACAACAUAGAUCAGCUUCUAGAACUCCAGCGUUGCCGCCUGGGCUACUUGGACGAAGAUUACCAUACUGAGCUGCAGGCACUGCAGAAGGAGUUUGACACAGAGAGAAAGUUGAUCAUACAACAUCAUAAUCAGGAGAGCCGCUACAUUCAGGAUGUGCUGCUGGCUAUGGAACAAAACUUUGCUGACAGUGAAUAUGAGGCCAGGCUUGACUUCCAGAGCACAAGAGAUGAUGUCAAGAACAAGAACUUGGAGGAGAAGCAUUAUCUACGCAUGCAGUUAGAGGGUAAAGUGGAAGAGCUGUGGAAGCGCUUCCAACAGGCCUUACGUAACUACACAGAAGCAACAGAGGAUCGUAAGCUUGCCUUUGAAGCGCUCAAAGCCAGGGAUGAGAAGAGCACCAGGGAGAUUGAAAUGCAGAUGAAAAAACUGCAGAAGAUGCAGGACCUCAUUAUCAGCCUCAAGAACAAGAUUGCACUCCAUGCCCGGGAGAGUGAGGAGCAAAAUCGGCGUGUCCGCGAAGAGAAAGAGGUGGUGUUAAAGCAGUUGCAGAAGCUCAAGUCCCAGAUGAACCGGGCAAGAGCCAAGGCCCGUAACAAUCUGGCAAAGCUUUGCAGGGAGAGCAGUGGGACUCUCAAAGUGCUGGAACGUGUGGUGGAGAAGGCAGAGCUGAUCUUGCGCCUGGCUGAAAUGUGUCGCAGGCUGGAGUCUGAGGAGGAGAAGGUGCUGCCAUUUUAUGCCAGCUCCCUGAGCUGGGAUGAACAGAAGGUUGCAGAUAAGGUGGCCAUGGAAAAACCAGUUGAGCCUCUAGCUGAGAUGAUGCAGGACUAUGUGGGCCUGGAGCGCUUUUGGAAGCGCUACAACAAGGUGAGACUGGAACAGCUCUCACUAGAGCGGACUAAAGAAGCCCUGCUCCAGGACAACCUGAAGCUGAGGCGCUUGCUCAAGCAGUACCUGGAUGGCAUCUCCGUGAAUGAGGAGGUCCUGAGCCAGAUCAACCCACUGGUGAUCGUCAACCAGCAGACUGUUGCCCCAUCUCGGCCCCAGCCUGUGCCUGUUGGAGAGGCCCAGGUCAAGCGGCCAGUCUAUAAUGUAAUAGAGGCGGCACAUGAGGUUUCACAUAUCCUCUGAGCCAGCACCUUGUGAUUUCAGAUGUUUGUCUUCUGCCCCAUUAAUAGGCCACUGGGAAUAAGUAAGAGGCCCGCAAGCCACCCCAUCCAGGAUACUGGACUGGGCCUUUUGGGGAAGGCUGCUCCCACAGCAUGCGGCCAUUAAAGAGUUAAACAGAGCUGUGCAUCUUGGAGCCUUUUCUCCCCUCUGCAAGUAAAGCCAGCCAGGCUGGAAUAUUAAGAA